CUCUCUCUCUCAUCUAGGGGUUAUGUACUCUAUCUAUAUACUCUACAUCGAGCACUUUUAUUACGUAUAAUCCUAACCCAAUGAGAGCGGAGAUAAUAGAUAGGAGAAAUGCUACCUAAACGACCCCAUAAGAUGCAAAAUUACAUUCUGGUGCUUUCUCUCCUCGCUCUCUUCUUUUCCUCCUCCUCGCCCGUAGUCGGCGACGUUUUGAACUCCACCGCCGACUUCGCGGCGCUCUACAGCCUCCGCGCCUCCCUAGGGAUCCGGUCCAGGGACUGGCCCCGCAAAGCCGACCCGUGCACCAACUGGGCCGGGGUCGGGUGCCGGACCGGCCGGGUAGUGUCGCUCACCCUCUCCGGCCUGCGCCGAACCCGGCUCGGCAAGCUCGACCCCCGGUUCGACGUCGACGGGCUGCGGAACCUCUCCCGCCUAGUCGUCUUCAACGCGUCCGGUUUCCUCCUCCCCGGUCCGAUCCCGGUCUGGUUCGGCCGGUUGUCGCUGACCGACCUCGGCCUCCGGUUCACCGGGAUCAACGGUUCGAUCCCGGUCGAGCUGGGCCGGGUCGGCACCCUCAGAACCCUAGACCUCUCGCACAACAGCCUCGGCGGUUCGGUUCCGGCCCAGCUCGGUAACCUUACCGCCCUCGCUACCGUCGAUCUCAGCCACAACAACCUCUCCGGUAACCUCACUGCGUCGCUCUUAUCUCUCCCCUACUUAACGCUCCUCGACGUCUCCGCGAAUAACCUCACCGGGGAGUUACCCGACCCUUCGCUUUGGGGCGCCAAUGCGACGGGGGAGGUCGUCUUCAACCUCUCGACGAACCUCUUCUACGGCCCGAUCCAAACCCUAAUCGAAGGGCGCGUUCUCCGGCGAUUUCGAUCCCUCGAUGUCUCCGACAACUACUUCGAAGGGCAAUCAGCGAUCGGUGGAGCGAUCACCAACGCGUCGCUCGCUUUGAACUGCUUCCGCAAUGCUUCGGAUCAGAGAAACCCUAUCGAUUGCGAGGAGUUCUAUCGGAAGAGGGGAUUGGUGUUCGAUGAUCCCACCGCCCCUCCGCCGCCUCCGCCGCCUCCGCCGCCGGAGUCUUCGGUGGGGAAGAGGAGUAGUAAGUGGAAGUACAUUGUAGCAUCUGUAGUUGGGGGCGUUGCGUUGCUUGUUGUAUUGAGCGCGGUGAUCAUCUUGUGCGCCCUGAGAUCGAGAACCAGUAGGCAACGAGUACCAGAGGGCAGUACUGUUAAUGUUGGCCGUUCUUCAGGGGUGGCGCCGCUUCCGCCGUCGCCAAGUAACCCUAGGAGCUCCUCUUCCACCGGUCCGGAUGCGACCUCGUACGAGCGGUUUCUUAAGGCGACCGAGGGGUUCGGCAAUGACAACCUCAUCAAGCACGGUCGUACCGGAGAUCUUUACCAUGGCAUGUUAGAGGAUGGGGCUCAAGUGGUGGUAAAGAGGAUCGACGGAAAGAAGACGGUGAAGAAGGAAUGGAUUGUUGGGGAAUUGGGUUUCUUCGCGAAGGUCUCGCAUGAACGAUUCGUGCCGUUUUUGGGGCAUUGCUCUAAGGGCAAGGAGGAUGAGGAAGAGGUGCUUUUGGUUUAUAAGUAUGUGAUUAAAGGGGACCUUACUGAGGCUCUGCAUAGGAAGCCCGGGAUGGAGGAAGAGGGUUUGGCAUCGUUGGAUUGGAUUACGAGGUUGAAGAUCGCAAUAGGCGUGGCGGAGGCUCUGUGUUUUCUGCAUCAUGAGUGUGAUCCACCUCUUGUUCACAGAGAUAUUCAAGCAAGCAGCGUUCUUCUUGAUGAUAAAUUUGAAGUGCGUCUUGGAAGUUUGAGUGAAGUAUGCGCCCAGCAAGUGGAUGGACCCCAGAAUGUUUUUACCAGAAUGUUGAGAUCAUCAAAGACGCUCGACAAAGGCACUUCAGGCUCUCCUGCAACGUAUACGUAUGACAUCUACUGCUUUGGAAAAGUUCUUCUCGAGUUGGUAACAGGAAAGCUCGGCAUAAGUGCUUCCUAUGAUGGCUCCACAAAUGAAUUGCUUGAGAAUAUAGUAACUAAUAUCAAUAUAUAUGAAAAGGAGCUCGUGACAAAGAUUAUGGAUCCUUCCCUUAUUGUGGAUGAAGAUCAUUUAGAGGAGGUCUGGGCUGUGGCUAUUGUGGCUAAAUCUUGUCUAAACCCUAAACCUGCUCGAAGGCCACUAGCUCGCUACAUACUCAAAGCCCUAGAGAACCCAUUAAAGGUGGUGAGAAACGAUAGCCGCUCUAAUUCGGCUCGUCUCAAGAGUGCUUCCUCUCGCAGCUCAUGGCAAGGCGCUUUCCGUGGAAGCUGGCGGCAGAGCUCAGAAACCGCUUCAGCUUCGGGAAGGUGGAGAGACGAUCGGAGUUUUAGGCUUUCAGUCCGAUCUCAAGGGAGCGGAGGAGACCACUCAUUCUCAUUAAGAAGAUCAUCGAGAGAGAUUGGUCCGGAGCCGGUAGGAUUGAAGGAAGAAGAUACAAGUGAAUAGGAAAAUGGCAUUUUAUGUUUCUUUUGUCUGUAAUUCUUUCCCGAGCUUCUCCAUUUGGGCUCACAUUGUUUGGCAUUGAUCUGCAUCAUGUAAUUUACCGCAAAAACGAGGGUGGUAUAUACGGAAAUCAAAUUUCCUUUCAGACAUUCUUUGGGGAGUUCAAUAAGCAGCUCGACGGCCGGAUUAGCAAAGAAAUUAGAGGAGAUUGGGGUUGCAGUUGCUGCUGUAUCUGUAUCUGCUGUGUGUGCAGUUUGUCUUUUUAUUUUUUUCCACUGAGGUAAACGAGUUGUAUCAUUUGUUGUGGAAUUUGUAAUUUUUUGAUUUGUACCGUGUAAAUUUGGAUGAGUGGUUUGUAUCUGGACUACUACUCAUUUCUCCUGUUAUUUUUGGA